AGAAAAAUCUAAAAUUUAUUUUCCAAAAUAAUUCGCUCUGUAAAAUUUACCGGGGCAAGAUCUGAGAACGCUUCGUCAUGGCGUUCUCUACGCAAAAGGAAUUCUUUCAUGUGCCAUUUAUGAGCGAGUUGCCUGACUUCAACUGCCCGAAGGUGUGUGUCAAGCUGAAGAGCUAUCCAUCGACAGUUGAUGAUCGCUCUUGGGCAGCCGAUGAGGACAAAAAGUCACGAUUUGUCGCCGACCUGGUGUCUUGCAAUAUACCAUUAAACUUGCAAAACGACGAUGACAACGGCGGCCCUGGUGGCAGAGCGGGUUAUGGGCCAAGCGGAGGACCUGGUUUGAGAGAUCACACCGGCGCUGAUGGAAGACCAUAUGGUGAUUAUGAGGGAAAACCUGCUGGCAGAACACGCCAGCCCGGUCAGAAAGGGCAAGACUACGGUAGGGGCUACGAUUCUUCUGAUCCGCAUGGACAGGGCCAGGGCGGCUAUGGGCCUUCAGGUCAUCAGGGCGUUCAGGGUGGUCAAGGACCUGGCGGUAGAAGAGGAGAUGGCAGAGGAGGGCCAGGUGAUGAAAGUUCAGGGAGACGUCAGGGGCAGGGCCCGGAUGGUCGAGGUGGAGCAGGUCCAGGCCAAGGUCGGGGUGGAGGGGCUCCAGGGCAAGAUGGUCAAGGUCCAGGAAGUCGGAGUGGAGCAGCACAAGGUCAGGGUCAGGGUGGUUAUCGAGGUCCAGGGCAAGGUCAGGACACUGGUGGAGCAGGUCCAGGGCAAGAGGGACAAGGUCCUGGAGGUCGGGGUGGAAGCGGUCCAUCAGGUCAGGGUCCAUUAGGUUAUGGGGGUGCUGGGCAGGAGGGCCAAGGUCCUGGAGGCCUGGUUGCAAGCGGUCCAGGACAAGGGCGAGGUCCAGGGCAAGAGGGUCAAGGGCCUGGUGGUCGCGGUGGAGGAGGUCCAGUAGGUCAGGGUCCAGGAGGUUAUGGAUCUGGUGGGCAGGGUCCAGGAGGUUACGGAGGUCCAGGCCAAGAGGGUCAAGGUCCUGGUGGCCGAGGAGUAGCACAAGGUCAGGGACAGGGUGGCUACGCAGGUUCAGCGCAAGACGGUCAAGGCCGUGCUGGUAGGGGUGGAGGUCCAGGUCAGGGACAGGGUGGGUAUGCAGGACCAGUGCAAGAGAGUCAAGGUCCUGGUGGAGGGGGUCCAAGGCAAGACAGCCAAGGUAUUGGAGAUAGGGGUGGAAGAGGUCCAGGGCAAGGGAGUCAAGGUCCUGGUGGCCGAGGUGGAGUAGCGCAAGGUCAGGGUCAGGGUGGUUAUCGAGGUCCAGGGCAAGGUCAGGACACUGGUGGUGCAGGUCCAGGGCAAGAAGGACAAGGUCCUGGAGGCCGGGGUGGAAGCGGUCCAGGACAAGGGCGAAGUCCAGGGCAAGAGGGUCAGGGUCCUGGUGGUCGAGGAGUAGCACAGGGUCAGGGACAGGGUGGCUAUGCAGGUCCAGGGCAAGGGGGACAAGGUCCUGGAGGCCGGGGUGGAAGCGAUCCAGCAGGUCAAGGUCCAUUUGGUUAUGGAGGAGCAGCUCAAGAGGGCCAAGCUCCUGGAGGCCGCGGUGGAGCAGCACAAGGUCAAGGGCAGGGAGGAUACGGAGGUCCAGGGCAAGCGGAACAAGGUGCUGCAGGUAGAGGUGGAAGAGUUCCAGGGCAAGAUGGUCAAGGUCCUGGUGGCCGAGGUGGACCAGCACAAAGUCAGGGUCAGGGUGGUUAUCGAGGUCCAGGGAAAGGUCAGGACACUGGUGGUGCAGGUCCAGGGCAAGAAGGACAAGGUCCUGGAGGCCGGGGUGGAAGCGGUCCAGGACAAGGGCGAGGUCCAGGGCAAGAGGGUCAGGGUCCUGGUGGUCGAGGAGUAGCACAGGGUCAGGGACAGGGUGGCUAUGCAGGUCCAGGGCAAGGGGGACAAGGUCCUGGAGGCCGGGGUGGAAGCGAUCCAGCAGGUCAAGGUCCAUUUGGUUAUGGAGGAGCAGCUCAAGAGGGCCAAGCUCCUGGAGGCCGCGGUGGAGCAGCACAAGGUCAAGGGCAGCGUGGCUACGGAGGUCCAGGGCAAGCGGAACAAGGUGCUGCAGGUAGAGAUGGAAGAGUUCCAGGGCAAGAUGGUCAAGGUCCUGGUGGCCGAGGUGGACCAGCACAAAGUCAGGGUCAGGGUGGUUAUCGAGGUCCAGGGCAAGGUCAGGACACUGGUGGUGUAGGUCCAGGGCAAGAAGGACAAGGUCCUGGAGGCCGGGGUGGAAGCGGUCCAGGACGAGGGCGAGGUCCAGGGCAAGAGGGUCAGGGUCCUGGUGGUCGAGGAGUAGCACAGGGUCAGGGACAGGGUGGCUAUGCAGGUCCAGGGCAAGGGGGACAAGGUCCUGGAGGCCGGGGUGGAAGCGAUCCAGCAGGUCAAGGUCCAUUUGGUUAUGGAGGAGCAGCUCAAGAGGGCCAAGCUCCUGGUGGAGCAGCACAAGGUCAAGGGCAGGGAGGAUACGGAGGUCCAGGGCAAGCGGAACAAGGUGCUGCAGGUAGAGCUGGAAGAGGUCCAGGGCAAGAGGGUCAAGGCCCUGGUGGCCGAGGUGGUGUAGCACAAAGUCAGGGCCAGGGUGGCUAUGGAGGUCCGGGUCAAGCGGAACAAGGUCCUGCCGGUAGAGCUGGAAGAGGUCCAGGGCAAGACGGACAAGGUCCUGGUGGCCUAGGUGGAGCAGCACAAAGUCAGGGUCAGGGUGGUUAUCGAGGUCCAGGGCAAGACGGCCAGGACACUGGUGGGGCAGGUCCAGGGCAAGCAGGACAAGGUCCUGGAGGCCGUGGUGGAAGCGGUCCAGCAGGUCAGGGUCCAUUGGGUUAUGGAGGUGCAGCUCAAAAGAGCCAAGGUCCUGGAGGCCGGGCUGGAGCAGCACAAGGUCAGGGCCAGGAUGGCUAUGGAGGUCCGGGGCAAACGGAACAGGGUCCUGGAGGUAGGGCUGGAAGGGGUCCAAUACAAGAGACUCAAGGUCCUGGUGACCGAGGUGGAGUAGCACAAGGUCAGGGCCAGGGUGGCUAUGGAGGUCCGGGUCAAGCGGAACAAGGUCCUGCCGGUAGAGCUGGAAGAGGUCCAGGGCAAGACGGACAAGGUCCUGGUGGCCUAGGUGGAGCAGCACAAGGUCAGGGUCAGGGUGGUUAUCGAGGUCCAGGGCAAGGUCAGGACACUGGUGGAGCAGUUCCAGGGCAAGAGGGACAAGGUCCUGGAGCCCGGGGUGGAAGCGGUCCAGGACAAGGGCGAGGUCCAGGGCAAGAGGGUCAAGGUCCUAGUGGUCGAGGAGUUGCACAGGGUCAGGGACAGGGUGGCUAUGCAGGUCCAGGGCAAGGGGGACAAGGUCCUGGAGGCCGGGGUGGAAGCGAUCCAGCAGGUCAAGGUCCAUUUGAUUAUGGAGGAGCAGCUCAAGAGGGCCAAGCUCCUGGCGGCCGGGGUGGAGCAGCACAAGGUCAAGGGCAGGGAGGAUACGGAGGUCCAGGCCAAGCGGAACAAGGUGCUGCAGGUAGAGCUGGAAGAGGUCCAGGGCAAGAGGGUCAAGGUCCUGGUGGCCGAGGUGGUGUAGCACAAAGUCAGGGUCAGGGUGGUUAUCGAGGUCCAGAGCAAGACGGUCAGUACACUGGUGGGGCAGGUCCAGGGCAAGCAGGACAAGGUCCUGGAGGCCGGGGUGGAAGCGGUCCAGCAGGUCAGGGUCCAUUGGGUUAUGGAGGUGCAGCUCAAAAGAGCCAAGGUCCUGGAGGCCGGGCUGGAGCAGCACAAGGUCAGGGCCAGGAUGGCUAUGGAGGUCCGGGGCAAACGGAACAGGGUCCUGGAGGUAGGGCUGGAAGGGGUCCAAUACAAGAGACUCAAGGUCCUGGUGACCGAGGUGGAGUAGCACAAGGUCAGGGCCAGGGUGGCUAUGGAGGUCCGGGUCAAGCGGAACAAGGUCCUGCCGGUAGAGCUGGAAGAGGUCCAGGGCAAGACGGACAAGGUCCUGGUGGCCUAGGUGGAGCAGCACAAAGUCAGGGUCAGGGUGGUUAUCGAGGUCCAGGGCAAGGUCAGGACACUGGUGGAGCAGUUCCGUGGCAAGAGGGACAAGGUCCUGGAGCCCGGGGUGGAAGCGGUCCAGGUCAAGGGCGAGGAUCUUAUGGAGGUCCAGGCCAAGAUGGUCAAGCUCCAGGAGGUCGGAGUGGAGUGGGUCCUGGGCAAGUGGGUCAAGGUCCUGAAGGUCGUGUUGCAGGCGGUCCCGGACAAGGGCGAGGUCCAGGGCAAGAGGGUCAAGUUCAGGGACAGGGUGGUUAUGGUGCUCCAGGGCAGGAGGGUCAAGGUCCUGGUGGUCGGGGUGGAGGCGGUCCAGGUCAAGGGCGACGAUCUUAUGGAGGUCCAGGCCAAGAUGGUCAAGUUGCAGCAGGUCGUGGUGGGGUAGGUCCAGGGGUGGGUCAAGUUCCUGGUGACCGUGGAGUAGCACAAGGUCAGGGACAGAGUGGCGCUGCAGGUCCAGGGCAAGAAGGUCAAGGCCCUGGUGGUAGGGGUGGAGGAGGUCCAGGUCAAGAGCGAGGUCCAGGGCAAGAGGGUCAAUUUCAGGGUCGCGGUGGUUAUGGUGCUCCAGGGCAAGAAGGUCAAGGUACUGGAGGUUGGGGUGGAGAAGGUUCAGGACAAAGGCCAGGUCCGUAUGGAGGUUUAAGACAAGAGGGUCAAGGUCCUGUUGGGAGCGGAGGAGUAGCUCAAGGUCAAGGACCGGGUGGUUAUGUAGGUCCAGGACAAGGGGGGAAAGGUCCAGGAAGUCGGGAUGGAGGCGGUCCAGGUGUAGGUCGAGGAUCUUAUGGAGGUCCGAGACAAGAAGGGCAAGGUCCAGAAGGUCGGGGAGGAGUACGUCCAGGGCAACAGGGUCAAGGUCGCGAAGUAGUAGGAGGUCCAGGUCAAGGGCGAGGAUCUUAUGGAGGUCCAGGGCAAGAAGGGCAAGGUCCAGAAGGUCGUGCUGGAGCAGGCCCUGGAGGUCAGGGUCCAGAAGGUUAUGGACCUGGAGUGCAGGAUCAAGGCAGGCAGGGACCUGGUGUGCAAGGUCCAAGCAGGCAGGGACCUGGAGGACCGGGUCCAGGAGGUUAUGGACCUGGAGGGCAUGGUCCGGUAGGUUAUGAAUCUGGAGAGCAGGGUACUGGUAGGCAGGGUCCAGGAGGUUAUGGUUCUGUAGGUCAGGGUCCAGGAGGUUCUAGAUCUGAUGGACAAGCGCCUGGAGGGCAGGGUGCAGGAGGUUAUGGAUCUGGUAGGCAAGGACCUGGAGGGCAGGGUACAGGAGGUCAAGGUCCAGGGGCUUAUGAUGGACCUAGAUAUAGUGGAGGUCCUGGAGGGCAGGGUCCAGGGGGUUAUGGUAGAUCUGGAGAUCGUGGUGGUCCAGGUGGGCAAGGACCUGGAGGCCAGGGACAAGGAGGUUACGGUGGUCCUGGUGGUCCUGGGGGCCCUGAUGACCUUGGUGAAAAUGGAAUAGCAGGUGACAGUCUCAUCAUCGCCGCUCACGACACCAUUGAAAAUAUGAAGAAUGCAAUGAAAAAGAAUAAUUUACUGGAUAGAGAUCAGGCCACACCCGAAGAUAGGAAGGAUCGCCCCAGGAUGGAAAAUGCUGAGCUUAGACGUUUAAUGGAUGAGCGCUACGAUCCCGGUACAAGCAGAGUCUUCAGAGAUAAAAUUCAAGAGCUCUCAGACUCAAGGAAGUUUGAUAAAUCAGAUGAAAGGGACCUCCUUAACAUCCACAAAGCCGUGGAUGAUAUGAACAAGUCCCAUGACAUCCUGGAAUCGCAGAAUUCCAAUCUUAGACGACUUAUUGAGAAGCAAUCGAGGCGUGCCUCGAUAGAAAGCAUUAGGAUUGAUCCAGAAAGAAGCAACGAUGUCAACUAUUUGCAAAAUAAGAUAAACAACAUGGGCAAGGAGUUGAUAGUGUUGCGUCAAGCAGAGGACGAAUUCCAGAGAUCAGGUGGUGCCAAGUUUGGAAGUUGGGCUUGCUCCUGCGACCACCAAGAUCCCGACACGGAUAUUGAUGACAUUCAGCUAAUUUUGUCGGAGCGACAAGCACUGCGUAUGCAGAUUCAAGAAUUGUCCCCACUCAACGCAAAACUCAAAAAGCAAGCGGAUUACGACGUUGAGGAAAUGGCCAGAAAUUUCUGUGCACAGAAUCAGUACAUUGCCGACAUGGAAAAUGAUAUUCAAGAAAUGCAGCAUUAUUACGAGCACGAGGUGGAAAAGUCAAAGUACAAUGAGGAGCUACUUAAGUGUCGUUGUAAUGAGUUGCAGCAGCAAGUUGUUGGCCUCCAGCCGGCAAUGCACCGUUCCGAGGUCUUCCAAAUGGAAAUCGAUGUGCUUCGCAAUGAGCUGCGCAAACGUGACUUGGCCUUGAAUGCCUACGAUUGCCAGUACCAGCAGCUAAUGAAUGUCAUCUGUGAGCUAAACCAAAAGUACGGCAAUCAACGUGGAGACUGUCCGCCGUUUGAUAUGCCAGAUUGUCCCCAUAUUGGCGAUGAUUUGGCCUUUUACACGACUGCUACCCUGGAUCACAUAAUGAACGAACUGGCGAAGCAAGUCGACUGCUUCAAGCAAAUGAACCAGGAUACCUAUCCCGGUGGCGAGAAUAUCACAAACAUAAACGACUGUAUGAGCGAACUCGAUCGCCUGAGGAAGUUAGUAAAGGAGAGAGAUGGCCAAGUGGGCGACUUAAUAGAUCAAAAUGAUUGCUUGUGCGAAGCUGCUGUCCAGAGCAACAAGCGACUCGAUCAAUUAGAUAAAAAACUAAGUCUGCUUGAUAGGGACACAAGGUAUAUGGAAGACGGAAUGCGCGAGAGUCUUCAACUAAUACGAGAAAUUGAUGGUGUUGCCAGGGAAAACGAUAUGCUUAAGGACAAUAUUAGUGGUUUGAAACAAUCGGAACUUCAAGAUCUGACGGACGAUUUAAGAAGACAGCUUGAAGACUGCAUGAAGAGUAAACAAAAAUGUGAAGAAGUGAACAAAAGCCUUAGAGAUAAAUUGUUGAAUCUCGGAGGAGAUCCCCACUCUGUUGAAAAGGAAGCGGAAAAGAGAGUGCAGGAACAAAUUGAACGCGAGAGAAAAGCUGCUGAAGAUACUAAAAAAGCAGCUGAAGAGGCCAAAAGAGCAGCUGAAGACGCUAAAAAAGCCGCCGACUUAGCGAAACAAGAGGCUAUUAUAAAAGACGAAGAAGGCGAGAUGACGCCUGGAAAGGAGGCUGAUGGAUUAGUUGACAAACCAGAUCUUAUUUCGAAGGAAGAAGCUAGAGAGCCUGGUGACUUAGCGAUAAAGAAAGAACAAACAAGUGCUGAAGAACCUGCUGCUAAGAUUGCCGAUAAGCCUAAAGAAACAAAAGUUGAAGAAAUGGUUCGCGAACGGCCUAGUGAUAUGCCAAGAAUAAAAGCUGAACAAGCUGCUGAUAAGGCCAAACCCAUCGAUAAAACUGGGUCAAUCGAGAAACCAGCAGUUAGAACAGCGGAAAAACCUGCUGAACCUAUAGAUAAACCUGAUGCUGGACCAGGAGACAAACCUAGUACAGGACCUGGAGAUAAAUCUAGUGCAGGACCUGGAGAUAAACCUGGUGUUGGACCACGAGAUAAACCUGGUGCUGCACCUGGAGAUAAACCUAGUGCUGGACCUGGAGACAAACCCACUGCUGGACCUGGAGACAAACCUGUUACUGCACCUGUAGAUAAACCUGGUGCUGCAUCUGCAGAUAAAGCUGGUGCUGCACCUGGAGUUAAGGCUGUUGCUGGACCUGCAGAUAAGCCUGGAGCGGGACCAGGAGACAAACCUACUGCAGGACUUGGAGAUAAACCUGGUGCUGGAUCAAGCGAUAAACCUGGUGCUGCACUUGGAGUUAAAGCUAGUGCUGGACCACGAGAUAAACCUGGUGCUGCACCUGGAGAUAAACCCAGUACUGCACCUGGAGUUAAGGCUGUUGCUGGGGCAGGAGAUAAACCUACACCUGGAGAUAAACCUGGUGUUAGACCAAGCGAUAAACCUGGUGCUGCUGCAAAAGUUGGUGCUGGGCCAGGAGAUAAACCUGUGGCUGGACCUGCAGAUAAGCCUGUUGCUGGACCUGCAGACAAAACAGGCGCUGGACCAGCAGAUAAACCUGGUGCUGGACAUGAAGAUAAACCUGAUGCUCGACCUGUAGAUAAACCUGAUGCUCGACCUGUAGAUAAACCUGGUGCUGGACCUGCAGAUAAAGCUGGUGCUGGACGUGAAGAUAAACCUGGUGCUCGACCUGCAGAUAAACCUGGUGCUGGAGCUGCAGAUAAAGCUGGUCCUGGACCUGGAAUUAAGGCUGCACCUGGAGUUAAGGCUGGUGUUGAAUCUGCAGACAAGCCUGUUGCUGGACCAGGUGCUGCACCUGGAGACAAGCCUGCUGCUGGACCUGGAGGUAAGGCUGGUGCUGGACCUGGAGAUAAGGCUGGUGCUAAGCCGGGGGUUAAGACUGGUGCUGGACUUGGUGGUAAAGCUGGUGCUGAGCCCGUAAUUAAGCCUCGUGCUGAAUCUGGAGAUAAACGUGGUACUGGACGUGGAGAUAAGACUGGUGCUGAACCGGGAGUUAAAGCUGUGGCUGGACCUGGUGGUAGAGCUGGUGCUGGACCCGCUGUUAAGCCAAGUGCUGAUCCUGCAGCUAAACCUGUUGCUGCACCUGGUGCUGGACCCGCAGUUAAGCCCGGUGCUGGACCUGGAGAUAAGACUGACGUCGGACCGGGAAUUAAAACUGAUGCUGGACCUGGAGGUGGAGCUGGGGCUGUAUCUGGAGGUAAGCCUGAGACUGGACCUGAUGACACAACAGGAGCAAGUGAACAACCUGGCGAUAAGACGGUAACUGGCGGGAAGGGUGGUAAAGCAGCUGGUCAAUCCGACGAUAAGGGUAAAGAUGGCGGAGAAUCAAGAGGACCAGCCGUCAGUAAGGUCGGAGCCGCCGGAGGAACUGCAGAUCAAUCGGUCGGUAAAGCCAGAAGCGCCGGAGCACCUGCAGGUCAACCGGGCGGUAAGGCCGGAGGACCUGUUGGCCUGGCCGGCAUUAAGACUGCGUCAAGCGGGCAACCUGCAAUAGGUCCUUCCACAAAGGCAGGUUUGCGGGGACACGGUGAUGAAACUGAUGACGGAGCUGCUGGACGACCAGCGAAAGCCAAGGGUGAAUCAGGAUAUGGAAGAGGACGUGCAUCCAAGAAAGGCCAAAAACUAGAUGAGACCACUGAAGAGCAAUUCAAUGAGUUUGUAAAGAAUACAGUAAGAACAUUAUCUGCCGGUGAGAUUGAUGGUGUCGGAUUGGAAAGGGAGUUGCGAAAAAUUCUGGACAUGUUUAUCGAUGAGUGUGGAUUCUGUUUCUGCAAGUGCAACAUUCCGAAAAGCCGCUUCUAUGCCACAUGCCAUAAGCUCUACCAUCACGGACUGCACACCCUGGAAUUCAAGGAGCUGGUUUUCAUGCACAAGCGAAUUUUCGCUGCAGCGGAAAACAUUCUACCUGGAUGUCUGUUCAAUAUGAUUAUGAAGGAUAUCAUAAACGGUAAUCCCCAGAACCAUGUGCCUGCAGCGACCACGGCCCCUCCAAACACCGUGUCUGAGAAAAGGUGCUGUGCCUGCAAGAGUAACCUGUGCUGUGAUGCCACUGAAGAAACACUCAUGAUUAAGGUCAUGCGCCUUGAAAACGACAUUGAGAAUGCAAAAUUAUGUUUGAAUAAUUUGAAAAAUAUUCCAUCAAAUCUUUCUAUACAUGAUUAUCGCAUCGAAGCUGGUGAUUGUCCGGCUAAGGAUCGUAUUUUACGUUCCGCACGUGGUCCAAAAUCUAUUAAUAUUUCCAAAGAUGUUAAGCAAGUUCGGCGUUCAAAGAAUCGCAUUGCUAUCAACAAUUAAAUGCUUUUUAUUUUAUUUGUUUUAAGUGUUGUUUUGGAUUAUAGUAAUAUGUCCAAUAAAAUUGUGACCCCACCCAUGAUCAAAUUGAAUGUGUAUGUUAAUAUUAAAG